GGCCUUCAGCACCAGCCCCAGGUGCCGACACCUCCACACAGUCUGCGCGCACCCCAGCUCGUUCCAGCGGCACAAUGCAGUCCACACUGAGCUUGCGGAAAGGCUGCCCCGCCUUCCAAACGGGAUCUCAAGCGAGGUCCACUCGGCGGCGGCUGGCAGCAGUGCAGGCCUCCAGCGACCCGCUGCUGCAGAAGCCGCUCGCGCGGCCUGCGCCACCCGCAGAGCAGGCGCCAGCGGCACCCGAGGCAGCAGCAGAGCCCGUGCCGGCAGCAGCAGCAGUAGCCUCCAGCGCGCCCUCGGGCGUGACCAUUGAGUACCAGCGGCAGCAGGCCAAGGCCAUGCAGAAGUACUUCCGUGAGCUGAAGUUCACCGACACGGUGGAGAAGGCCAAGGUGUUUGGCUGGACCAGGAAGAAUGAGAUCAACAACGGGCGCUGGGUGAUGAUGGGCAUUGGCAUUGGCCUGAUGACCGAGUAUGCCACGGGUGUGAGCUUCAUCGACCAGCUCAAGCUCAUGGCCUCCUACUUGGGCCUCGUGGACCUGGAGUAAGCUCGGCUUGGGAGGCAGCCAACUCCUCCACGUUUCAGCCACUUCUUUUCGCACCGACACUCAUGUUUGCACCUUCCCUCUUCCUUUUUUGGGGCGCCUGGCAGGCUUGGCCGGCGCCGGCUUGGCAAUUUUUCCUUCUCGCUGUCUUCCCAGCCUCUGCGGCAACCCACCCAGCUCUGCCUGUACUUGCCUGUACUGCAAGAGAUGCCCUCUGUCUGGGGCAGGCCGCUGAUC